AUGAUAGAAAGUGACAUCUCAUCCAUGAUGUCAGGAAUCAUCCGAAACUCAGGGUCAAACCACCAUCCUACUCCACAGGAAUACAGACUCCUGCCUUCUACCAGCGAUGAUGACCUCCCUGGGGACCUGCAGUCGCUGUCGUGGCUCACAGCGGUGGAUGUGCCUCGGCUGCAGCAGAUGGCAAGUGGCCGCGUGAACCCAGGAAACGGUGGCGUGCCACAUCCACACCCAGGUGCCCUGGAUGGGACAGCUGGCCUGCACGUGGGAGUCGCCCCUGGGCCUCUACUCCACAGCCCAGCUGGCAUGGCCCCCCGAGGCAUGCUGGGUCUGGGCCCCAUGUCUAGCCACAGGGCCAAUCACAUGAGCCAGUAUCCAGCCAGGGGCCAGCCCUCACCCAGUCUGCAGAAUGCACCGCAGCUCUACUCCCCUGCUGUCGAAGCGCCGUUCCCACUGCCCCCAGGGGUCCAGCAGUGUCCUUCUAUGGGCCUCUACAGCUCUUCAUUUGGGGCGCGGCCUCCCUAUACCCAGGCUCACGUGGCAGUGCAUUCGCCUCAGGAACCGCAUCCCAAGCACUACCCUAAGCCCGUCUAUUCCUACAGCUGUCUGAUCGCCAUGGCCCUGAAGAAUAGCAAGACAGGCAGCCUGCCUGUGAGCGAGAUCUACAGCUUCAUGAAGGAGCACUUCCCCUACUUUAAGACGGCUCCUGACGGUUGGAAGAACUCCGUGCGGCACAACCUGUCCCUGAACAAGUGUUUUGAGAAGGUGGAGAACAAGAUGAGUGGUUCCUCACGGAAGGGAUGUCUCUGGGCCCUGAACCUGGCCCGCAUUGACAAGAUGGAGGAGGAAAUGCACAAGUGGAAGAGGAAGGAUCUAGCCGCUAUUCACCGGAGCAUGGCCAAUCCCGAGGAGCUGGACAAGCUGAUCUCGGACCGGCCAGAAAGCUGCCGGCGCCCUGGCAAACCAGGGGAGCCCGAGGCCCCUGUGCUGACUCAUGCCACCUCAGUGGCCAUGGCCCACAGCUGCCUGGCAGUCUCCCAGCUCCCACCACAGACACUGAUGACCCUGUCCCUGCAAUCCGUCCCCCUGCACCACCAGGUCCAGCCCCAGGCACAUCUAACCCCAGACUCCCCAGCACCAGCCCAGACUCCGCCUCUGCAUGCCCUGCCCGACAGGAGCUGCAGCCCCAUCUCCCAGCCUGCCCUGGGCAGGGCCCCCAUGGACUUCAUCAACAUCAGCACUGACAUGAGCACUGAGGUGGAUGCCCUGGACCCCAGCAUCAUGGACUUUGCCCUGCAGGGGAACCUCUGGGAAGAGAUGAAGGAUGAGGGCUUCAGCCUGGACACUCUGGGGACCUUCGGAGACUCCCCUCGUGGCUGCGAGCUGGCGGCCUCAGGCCUGACCCCUGUCUCUGGCAGCAGCGAGCAGUGCUUCCCAGAUGUGCAGGUGACUGGUCUCUACGCUGCGUACUCUGCCCCGGACAGCAUGGCUUCGUCAGGGGCCGCUUCCUCCUCCCAGUACCUGGGCACCCCGGGGAACAAGCCCAUAGCCCUGCUCUGA